AUGUUUUUCCUGAUCCUUUUGAUUUUUCCACUAUCAUUUGCAAAUGAAUUAAAAGUCUCAAAAGAUCGUUGGUAUUGUAAAACCGAAUCCGCAUUUCUGUUAACUCAUCGAGAUUUUCAUUCUCAGCAAGCAGUUUUCAAUUAUAAUGAGUGUUGUGCAAUUAAUGAGGAUUGUUAUAACUCGUUAAUUUCUAAAUAUUGCGAUUAUUAUUUUGAAUGGUGUAUUCAUGUGAGUUUUUAUUUUCUAAGCGGGAAAUGUUUGCGGCAACUUCUUCGAAUCUUCAGGAACUAACAUGAUGCAAUAUACAUAAUUAAAUACAAAUGAUGAGCCAUUUUGCACAAUGUUACGUGGAAAUUUGAAACUAUUUUUUUGCAGCGUGUAAUUUCACAAUAUCAACAAUCAUACGAACUAAUAAGUAAAAUCGAACCAUAUUCAAAAGACGGAAAAUCAGAUUUUACUCGUGAAUACGAAACUUAUAACGUCAAUGAAAAUCAAUUAAUUGCUGAAAUUUAUCCAACUUUAUAUAUUAAAUGCAAAGCUCAAAAUGCAACAUUUUCAAGUUGUGCUUUUGAAUUUGAUAACUGCAUUUUAUCAGACGAUCAAUAUAAUUGUUAUUUGAAGUUGGAUCAAUGCUUGGAUCGAACAUUUGUUUAUCGAUUAUAUGAUGCAAUUUGUAAUCAAGCUGUUAGAGCUGUUCAAAUUGUUGUUAAUCAAUUUAUUGAGACAACUGGAACAAAAUGUGAAUCAUUAAUUUAA